GCCUGCUCAGAAGAAUGUCUUCAGCCUACCCAAAAAAAACGAAAUCACGAAAAUUUUGUCCGAAUUUACAAACGGUGGUGUGCGUCCGGGAAUUGGGCACGACCUCAUUCAACAAAUCUAAAAAAAUCCAUAGGCCUAACGUAAGGCCUGUGAUUAUUAGUACUAGGCUUAGCAUUUAAAAAUUCCAGGAAAGAGUUCCAUAUACAGACGCCGUUUGACACCCUGUGCACAAACCCAACGAGACGGUUCUGGAAAAGGAAAGAGUUUCAUAUACGGACAACACUUGUCCCUGUGCACAAACCAGUGAGACUUGUUUGAAAAAACCUAGGGCAUGGCUAGCCCCACUACGGAUCACUCCCGAUUUGGGAGUGAUCCGUGCCACACUAGUGGGGCUAGGGCAUGGCCAAACAAGAGUUUUCUACCCUCGGAACCUAGUUACAUGUAGUAGUUGAGGCGCACAUCACAACUCGGGGAAUCUGCUGUAGUCAGCAUGGCAGGAAACUUUCAGAAUCAGCGAUUUCUUCCGGCACGAGGGAGUCAAGGAAAUAUGGGGAUGAGUGGAAUAGGGCUGAAUGUCAUGAACCAGCCUAUGGGUUUUAUGGAACCUGGCUAUAAUGAUAAGCCUCUAGAAUUCUCUGGUUCCUUGAGGAAUGAACCACAAGUUAUUGAUGGAGACAGCAGCUUGUCUAGACUUGAUGAUGAGGGAUCCAGUGAUAUUUCAGGUGAUUUGCACAGGAGUUUACACGGCAGUCAGUGGGGUAUGGAUCAUUUGGUGGCUAACUAUUCCUCAGCAAUAGACUACAUGGCUGGAGAUGUCAUGGCUAUGGGACAGUAUGCAGCAGAUGUUGGCAAUCCAGGGGGGAGACAAGGCUUGCAGAGGGUACUGACAGGGUCUGGAUUUACACUCACAUCACCUCCCCCAGGAAGGCAACCUGCUCGGCCAACACGAGAGAAGCCGAUUGGCUGCUGUACCAUCUUUGUUGGGGGUCUACCUGCCCUCUGCACUAAUGAAAUGCUGCACGAAAUAUUUGAGAACUUUGGCACAAUUCGCAAGUUGCUUCGGAUUGGGACUCGUUUUUAUUGUCACAUUAGAUUCAUGGAUGAAGACUCCGUAGACAAAGCAUUUGAAGUGUCAGGUUACAGAAUCAAAGUGGAGAAUAAGAACGACCCUGAUCAUUCUGGUGUCCUGAGAGUUGACUACUCCGAGUCCAGAGAUGAUGAGGCAGAAUAUAUGAGAAAGCAAGAAGAGGAGGAAAGAAAACGGCGAGAAGAAGCCAGGCUAGUGAGGAGAGAAGAGGAGAAACUGCGACAAAUGGCAAGACACUCAGAAUCGGAGGCACAGAGACUCACAGAGAAACUCAAAGCUGAAGAUAGCUUCCCUAGUGCCGUGACGGUGUUAAUCAGUUGGUUGGAUCGAGGAGAUUGCAAGAAGCAAACAGCCAACAGUUUCUUCUCUUUAGUCCAAGCAGCAUUCAGUCAGACCAGACGACUUUCAUCAGAAAAACAGCGUCUUGAUGAACAGAUUCGAGCAAUGACAGAAAUGGCUCGCAAACAAACUGGAGACAUCUAUUCCCAAUUAUCCUUGAUCAACCAAGUGUUUGUGCGUGCUACCAAGCAACCCUCUAGAGAUCAGUUCAGCAAAGCACAGAGGAAGCACAUUGAUAGCUGGAAGAAAAGUGUCCAGGAGCUGUGCACUCCUAUACAGGAGGAGCUUGGCAUGACAGACAAGGGAGAGGCUGAUAUGGAUGUAUCUGAUGAAGAAGAAACAGUCAUUAGCAUCAAAGAAGAGCAAGGAGCAAAGAGGACCCUGACUGAUGAGGAGGAAAGUAAGAGACCCAAGCUGAAUUUUGAGCCACCUCCACCCCCAUCGGAAACUCCUGCUCCUUCAAUUACUCCAGGCAGUAUCAGCAGAGAUGAAGCAGAUGCUCUCAGAUGUCAACUUGAAGCAUUCCGCAAUGAGGUUGACCUCCUCAAGACAGAGAAAGUACAAUAUGCAGAUGAGAAGGAGACUCAGAUCAAGGCCCUCCAACAUGCUUUGCUUGGGAUGCAACAGCAACUGAUGGAAACAAAGAACAAGCUGAAGAAAGAAGAUGAAAUGAAGAAAGCUGAGAAGUCAGAUUCUGAAUCUGAUUCCAAAGAGGCAAGUAGCAGUAAAGGUGACAUCUCUUCAACGGAAGGAACAGAACUCAUGGAGAAUGAUGCUAUGCUUGUGGGAAUCAUCAGCACAUUUCUACAUGUUCACCCUUUUGGUGCAUCAGUGGAGUACCUCUGGUCAUACUUACAACGCCUUAGUUUUAAUGUCUCACCUCAGCAGAUUGAAGCCUUACUUAUCAAAUUUCCAAAAAUGUUCAAGCAAGAACUGUUUGGUGUUGGAGCAACACUGGAGAAACGAUGGAAGUUCAUCGGCUAUAAUACAUGCAUGGGACUGUCACCUAGCAACCGCACAUCAACAAACUGAUACAUGCUGGAGAAAUAAUGGCAUUUCAUUGCUACUUUCACCUGGAUGCAUUAAUAGCAAGAGAACACAACCAAAUAAGGCAUGCUUGAGAAACCAUCAAAGUGGUUGAACAGCUAGCUUACAGAUUAAAAAAACUGUGUACAUCAGACAGAUCCACCUGCAUCGCUGUUCAAAUCAACACCAGUUGACUGCAUGUCAUGAUAGAGCUGUGCCCUGUGUUGCUGAUCCAGUUAUAAAUGCUGCUUUUGCCAGUGUUUUCUGAAGGCUCUCAGAUUGUUUAGUUAGUGGGGACCAUCAUUAAAGCAGGGGUCAUGCAAGGUUUUGCUGAGAGACAUUCUCUUGCCAACAAGAAUAACAAAAACCACUUUUUCCAACUUCAGUGACUGAAUCCGAGCAGCUGUAGUUACUCUAGAGCAUUUGAUAAUAUCAUUUUUUCCCCUGAAUUCUUAACCAUCUUUAAAACUUCCAUGAAAAAUUUCGGAGAAGUACAGCAUAUUUUUUGCUUUACAAUUCAUGGUUCUACUUGUUGCUGUCAGGAAACAAGCAAAAAAAAUACCACGGUAAUCUUACGAUAGCAAAUUAUUAAUUUUCUGAAAGGAAAGCUUUUUUGAUGAUUAUAUUUGAAACUACAAAGGGUAAGCCUUACAUUUUUUUAAUGAAAAUGGGUAAAAAAAUUAUUUCCCCUAAAUUCUGAAAUUUGUCAUUGUCGGCCAAAAUU